GUAAUUAAGCCACUGGACCUUCUUACGGCACCCACCCGUCAUUCUGCAGGCCCCAUAACCAAUACGAUGCAAUUACUUUGUUGAGGCGACCGACCCCUAUGGUACCUUAUUGGAUGAUAUCAUCCGCCGACAUCCCUCCUCUACACGUAUUUCAGGUCUUCGUGUAUCACAAAGUAACAUCCGUCUUCCAAUCCCGCAGCAAGUCCGACACCUCACCCACACGUCCUGUCUUGACAGCACAAUGCCGCCAUGCGAAGCUUCGCAGCUCCAUCAAGGCAUCGAUGCCUCCCCAGCUUGCUAAGGAGCUCGCACUGCGGUUAUAGGCAGUUUUCCCACUCCCUCUACCGAACAGGACAGAAACUGUCAACUAAAGUCGAUAAGCUCGACGUUUCCGACGUUCUCCACCUGGCUAGCGAGAAACAACACCCAUUGAGUCUCGCCGAUCUAGUCAAGCAUGGCCGACCUCCGCUGAGCGAAAGAUCCCUUCUGUCCUCUGCCAACUUCACCCUUUCCCUCCUUCCCAUCCGGCUCGCCCACCGAAUCCAGGCGUUACGAAGGCUCCCGUUCAUUGUCGUGUCGAACCCCAACAUCGAAAAGAUUUACAGCAACUAUGUACACUCUUUUACCACACUCCUACCCUGGUGGCAGAAAGGCAAGAACGCGGUCCGUACCCUCGAAGACGAAAUACGCUUCACGGAAGUGCUUGCCGAGCUCGUGACUACCCACACGAAUACAAUUCCAACACUCGCCCAAGGUUUCCGCGAAAGCCGUCGGUACAUAUCGCCAGCCGAUGUGGCUCAGUUUCUCGACCACCACCUUCACGCGCGUAUUGGCACCAGGCUCAUCGCCGAACAGCACAUUGCUCUCCAUUACUCGUCGCAGCCUCAUUUCGACCCUGCCGCGAGCCCCACGCCUUGUCCGGAACAUCCAUCGUACGUGGGAGUCAUCGAUACGGCCCUCCGUCCUGCCGACAUUGUGAACUCGUGCGCGGACUUCGUCGCGGAGAUCUGCGAGUUACGCUACGGCAUCCGGCCUCAGGUGGUGAUCGACGGCGAUCCGGACACCGCCUUUGCCUUCAUUCCCAUGCACUUAGAAUACAUCAUUACUGAGCUUCUCAAAAACUCCUUCCGUGCUUCUGCAGAGAACCGAACAAACAAGGAGCCUGUCGUCGUCACCAUCGCACCCGAGCCACCCCGAUACGACGAUCCCGUCCGCCUUGAAGUUCCCAAGGCGGAACGCGGUAUCUUUAAAAGCGACAACAUUAAACCACUCGACGACAAUGUCCCCGGCGUGACGAUCCGGAUCCGGGACCGCGGCGGUGGCAUCGCCCCUGAGGUGCUCUCCGACAUCUGGUCAUAUUCUUUUACCACAGUCGACGACGACUUCCCGAGUGGGUACGGCUCUGAAACCAACUUCGAUGGCCUGGCAGCUAUUUCCAACGCCAAUGCGGGGGGCAGUUCCCUGGCUGGCCUGGGAUACGGAUUGCCUCUUAGCCGGGCCUAUGCCGAAUACUUCGGGGGUGGCAUCGCGGUGCAGAGCCUCUACGGUUGGGGCACCGACGUCUACUUGCGACUCAACGGGGUUGGGAGGAUAGAAUAGAACCCGUUCUGGCUAUGAAGAGUUAUCAAGACGUUGAAGGCGUUGUGGUGGUCGGCGUAAUGGCGUUUCUUAUCAAGGUAUCAGUGAUUUGGGCUGGUUCUUCAUGUUUUCCAAACAAGACAAGAAAGAGAAGAAAGGGCGAACGUUGGUAUUUGGCGCUUUGUUGCCCAGUGAUAUGAAUUAAGUAUCAGUAUAACUGCUAAUUAUCCU